CCGACCACUAAUACUAUUUAGUAUUUACUACUACUACUAUUACUACUAUAUACUACGACAACGGUAUACGACACCGUUCGGAACACGUCUGCCCAUCCUGUGUUUACAGUACAGUAUGGCGGGGGCGGCGGGUCGCGGAAAAUUAAAAUUGGAAUAAUCAAACAUGUUGGAAUAUCCUACAUUUAAAUCUUAUUCUCGUAAACUGUUGACAUUAACAUUAAUAUUUAAAAAUGAUGAAAUCUUAUUGGGUAUGAAAAAUCGUGGAAUGGGAAAAGGUAAAUGGAAUGGUUUUGGUGGAAAAGUAGAACCCAAUGAAACAAUUGAUGACGCUGCUAAACGUGAAGUAAAAGAAGAAUGUGGAUUGGAUGUCAUAUCUAUGGAAAAAAUUGGUAUUAUAGAUUUUGAAUAUGUAGGUUCUAAAGAAAUAUUGGAAGGACAUAUAUAUUUUUGUGAUCUAUUUGAAGGUGACAUAAUUGAAUCUGAUGAAAUGGCGCCUAUAAAGUGGUUUAAAAUUAAAGACUCUCCGUGUGAUACCAUGUGGAUUGAUCAUAAAUAUUGGUUUCCUAUGAUAUUGAAAAAAAUUCCAUUUAAAGCACAUUUCAAGUAUUUAAAUGACGAUACAAUGAUAGAUAGUACCAUUAUAUUAUCAAAUACCGUGAAUAAGACCAGGGAAACUUGGGUUAAUGUUGUUGUUAAAAAAGAUAAUCAAAUACUUAAACAUAAAAAUAUUGAUGAAUCAGAAUACUUAAAUAAGCAUGAACAAGUUAUGACAGGAGAGUCUAUAGAAAAUGCAGCCUUAAGAUAUUUAAAAAUGCAUUAUGAAAUAACUACAGAGGAAGUGCAAAAAAUAGCCGUUGUCAACAUUGAACUUAUCGAUAAGCCAUAUAUUCAAGAAAUUCAAUUUUUUGUUGUAGACAUUUCAAAAUCAACAAAUGCUACAUUAACUAAUGAUUAUCAAUGGUUUGAUAUAAGCAACUUACAAGCUAAGAAAUUAUGGCCAGAUGAUAAGUUUUUGUCAACACUAUUUAUGAUGAAACCAUUUAAUGCAUAUUUUCUUAUUGACAAUGAUAAUGUAUUAUGCAGCAAAUAUAAUAACAAUGAAUAGAGUAAA